AGCGACGAACAGCAGUUCCUUCCCAUACACGACAAGCACUGUUUUGUACUACCCAGAGCAUUUUUAUUUUUUGUGUUUUCCCACCUCAUGUUGUUGCUGCCCCUCAUUAGUAGAUACCCGCGCACCACAACCCCCAAAAUGUAGAUCUUUUUCUUGCUCGUCGAGGAAUCGAAAUGAGCUUGUUUUCCCUCAUUUCGACCAUGGCCACCACUCCAUGUUACCCAUCAAACUACCCAUAGGAAAAGCGUGCUAAACAACCCAGAAAUUAUAUUACACAAACGUAAAUAUUAAAACUCCAUACUUACGCCAGCAACCGAAACAAGUAGACACGACCUGCGGCUCCCUUGACGUCGUCGAGGGGAGAUCCUUUCUCUCAUCGAUUGGAAAACCGACUACACGACCAUGUGCAUCUUCUGUGACCGGUUCCGAAGCGGCAACACCGUCCUGGACGAGGUUCUGGAUGUCGAGAAAUGCGAGGAGAUGAAGAAGAAGCGGAAAAAAGUGACGGUCGUCACCGGCUUAUCCUGAGCGAAAGCGCCCUCCGGUCAGAGUUCUUGUCAUGCAGAUUUGCAAUUCCAGGAACAUUUGUAAUGCACGUCCCCACGACGAGAGACAUUUCCAAUCGUGUUUUAGAAUUUGUAAUGCCGUAAAGAGAAUAAGGAGAUGGCUUUGUGAUGCCCCUGUCCUUGCUGUAAACGGCACAUCAGAACAGAGAGAAACUUGUGAUGCGUGCCUUCCAAAACUUCUGGACUUGUGUUGCUAAGUUCCCAAUUUGACUCUGCGAGGUGGUGGGCCACGUUUUUGCUCACGAUACGGGUUUCUCGGAUCGGGCAAGACGAGCUUCUUGAACUACGUGCUGACCUCCAAUACGCACAACAAGAAAAUAGGCGUAUCGAAUGUAAAAAUGUCUGGGUCUGGAAAAUUGCCAGGUUUGUCAUGCACACUUUGCAUGACGUGUGAGGUCUGUGAUGCAUGCCCCAGCAUCACAGAUUUUGUGAGAUCUUUGCCAUGCCUUUUCCGCAUGAGAAACUGCCUCUCGGCCUUCUCAAAAGUGAACAGCUUUUUGGUAAUCAUGCAACACAGAUUUUUGUAUGAUUCAGAUUUAGCAUGACAAGUUGUACUCUUCCAGACCCAGACAUUUUUGCAAUUCAUAAGGCGUAGUCGUGAACGAAUUCGGUGAGACCACCAUAGACGACAAGUUUCUGAAGUCUGUAUCAAGUGCAAGAAUGUCUGGGUCUGGAAUGUUGCCGGGUUCGUCAUGCAUAUUGUGCAUGACCCAGCAUGUCUGUAAUGCAUGACGUAGCAUCGCAGAUUUUUAGAAGGCUUCCUGAUGCCUUUUCCGCAUGGCAAAUGCCCUCCCCGCGUAGCACAAACUAGACUUCUCUUGCUGAUCAUGCAAUACAGAUUUUCUUAGAAUCCACCGACAGCAUCACAAGUUCCAUUCUUUCCAGACCCAGACAUAUUUGCAAUGCAUAGUCUGCUGGCAAUAACAAACGUGUCGAGACCUGCUCCGAGUCCGGGAUGCAAGUGGUAUCGCUCGAGAACGUAUCCUGUGCAAAAGUAUCGUACUCGUACAAAUGCAAUUCUUGCAUAACAAAUAUUUUUCUUAUAGGUAAAUCAGCAUGACAAAUUUCAUUUAUCAUGCGGAGAAAAUUUGUAAUGCAUCUAUACGACUACGAUACUGUUGCAGUUCAUAGAGCGGCUGCGUGUGCUGCACGGUGCGCGGCGAUUUGGUCACCGCCAUGCUGAAAUUCGCCUACACCAUGGAUGUCGACUACAUCCUGCUCGAGUGCUACGAAAUCGCGGACGAAAACAGGGGAACGAGGCACAGAGAACCACACAAGAUGAAUCUUUGGAGGAGGUUCUUGCGAAAGAAAAUUGGUCUUGCAAUCUUCCCGGAAGUGGACAUGAAUCAAAACACGACUGCCUCGCGCUCGCGCUGUCGAUGCCCCAAAAAAACUUCCCCCGGAAAAAAGAUAGAGCUGCUUUCUUGUUCUUGGCGAAAGUGUUUUAAAGUCCGCACCAGGCCGCGCGCUUCCCUAUGCGGAGUUGUGCCCUUUGACAGAUCAAGCAAGCAAAACCGAAAGCCGCUAGCCCACGCCGCUCGCUGCCCCGUCCCCCGCGCCCCCAAGUUGGUUCUGUGCCCCCACGCAUGAGGAUCAUCUCCCAAGCCCGCAUGCUGCCAAGCCCGCGCCGCGAGAAAAUUAUAAUAAUUCUGCAGACCGCAAAAAUCAUUCUGCAGACCGCACGGUAUUUCUUAUGAUUGAUGUUUUUUUCAUCAGCAACUACAUGAUGCAGCAGCAACGAUUUCGGGUGUAGUAAUACAACAACGAACAAGAGAACGACUACUACUACUGCUUCUGAGCCUUGAAGAUCCUGUUUCUUCUUCUUUUCCAUACCCUCUCCGGUCUCAGUGAGAUCGUCCCGGUGUGUCAAUGCUUUUUCGAGGCCGAUGUGCAGCAGCACUUCCAGCUCGAUGGAGUAAUAUGUGUUGUCGACGGCAAGCGGCUAUGGGUUGCAAAACUGCGGAAUAAGUGUCGUCGUACUGAUGCGCUACUGGUACAUCAAACUGUGCAUGUGACAAGACUGUGAUAGCAUCUUCACAAGUGUCAGUUUUGAUGUUGUAAUGCUGAUCACUAUUCGAAGAAGAAGAAGACAAACAGGACCCGGCAUUUGAUGUAAAUAGUUGUACGACGCUUGUUUUGCUGUGGAUAUUUUUACUACGAAGAAUUCAUCCUGGGACACAAUUUCGAUGACGACAUAUGCAUUGCAAAUAUGUCUGGGUCUGGAAGGAUGCAACUUGUGAUGCUGCAUUGGGAUUCUACAAAAAUCUGUAUUGCAUAAACAGCAAACCGGCGAGCGCGAGAGGGCAUUUCUCAUGCGGUAUAGGCAACAGGAAGCCCUCAAAAAAUUAAAAUCUAUGAUGCUAGGGAAUGCAUCACAGACAUCAGGAGUCAUGCAAAAUGUGCAUGACAAACCUUGCAUCCUUCCAGACCCAGGCAUAUUUGCAUUUGAUACGACACCGUCGACGGCAACGAGGUUCGGGAAAAAGCAAAUGACAGCGACGACGAGUUUGCCUGCGAACCGAUAGAAGACUAUCAAAUGCAAAAAUGUCUGGGUCUGGAAGAUUUUGAGAUUUGUCAUGCUUGUCUGGCAUGACCAAAAAGUUUGUGAUGCGUGUCCAAGAAGAGACCCUUUAUUUGCCUGUCAUGCAAAAACGCAGUUUGUCAUGCGAAAAACGCAACACAAAGAAGCGCAGAUAUUUGUCAUGCUUGCCUGUGCAUUACAGAGCAUUCACUAUCCCCAACGCAGCCUUACAAGUUUCCAGACCCAGGCAUUUUUGCCUUUGAUAAAGACUUUUCAACUACAACUCCCCCAAGGACGACGAAAGGACUAGAACCUCCAGCGAGAACUACCUCUUCUUGGGACGAUCAACAUGAUGGCAACCUCAAUAUCGAGGACGUCCAGAUGCUGUCCAUGUCGGAUAAUGAUAUUAACUACGACCAGUACAUCAAAAAUACAACCUCUACUACUUCUAACGAGGACCAAACUAUCAAGUGCAAAUAUGUAGUCCGGGUCUGGAAGAUUGGGGGAGUUUGUCAUGCAAAUUGUACAUGGUUCCCGAUGCCUGUGAUGCAUGCUGUAGCACCGCAGCUUUCGCACAGGUCUGCUCAUGCCUAUUCUGCAUUAGAGAUGUCCUGUCCGGUUUGCAACAACCUGAGUGUGCUUUGCCCCUCUUGCAAUACAGAUUGUUGUGUGGUCGACAGCUAGCAUCACAAAUCCCAUUCUCUCCAGUUCCAAACGUAUUUGCAUUCGAUACAAACGACCGUAAUGCAGGACAACUCGGACAUGAACCAGCUGGAUUUUUUAUCCUGAGUAAAAAUGUCCCCACCCCAGAGUUCGUUGUCAUGCAAAUCUGCAUGCCAAAAAAGUUUCUCAUGCGGAGGCCCAUGAGAGCCAUUUUCUAAUCCUGUUUUGGAAUUUGUGAUGCUAGAAUCAGCAUGAUGUGCUACAUCUGUAAUGCUUCCGAACUAGCUAAACAGGCUUACACUACGAGGAUAAACUUGUCAUGCGAAACAACCAAAGGUGGCCGAUUUGUCUAGCGGAUUUCCCAUCUUGACUCUGGUGUGGGGACAUUUUUACUCAGGAUAUUUUUUCUACUCCGAUGAGCAGCUGGAACAAAGCACCACGAAAAGAGCCAAAAAGGAGCGCAAGGAGCUGAUCAUCGAACAGCUGUCGCUCGCGGAUGUCGUUUUAUUGAACAAAAUUGACCUGUUCAAAUCCAGACACGACCGAGACACGGUGCUGCAGCACCUAAAAUCCAGAAACCACCUCGUCGAUGUGCUGCCCUGCCGGCAAGCGCGAGUUUCGAUUCCGCAGGUGCUGGACCGCAAUUUGUUCACGCCGACGCGGGAGUUUCUCACCCAGGAACCGCUUCACAUCUUUGGAAAGAAACCGCCAAUAAUACCGCCAGUGCUUACUUCCUUCCCCGGUAGUACAGCCUCCGCUACUGGCGGGGGCGGUGGAGGUGCGAACAGUGUGUCACUGGUCAUCACGGGCGAGCCGCUGGACACGGUGAAGGUGCGCGCGUUUUUGGCGGACCUCUACAUGCGGUACGCCUCGGCGCGCAUCCUGCGCUGCAAGGGGGUGCUGGUCACGCAAGACUCGCCGCUGCAGAAAAAGCUGACCUGGAUCAUGGUCCAGGGCGUUGCAGAUCACGUAGAGUGGGAACUGCUGGACCCCCAGCCGGAAGUGGAACUUAUUUUGCGUGAUGAAAAUAAUUCGUCUGAAGCAGCUCCCACUGCAAGAAGAACAACUUCCACGACCUGGGCAGAAAAAACAGCAACUUCAUUAGCUACCACUACCCGAUCAACAGUACUAGAGACAGCCAACGGCACAGGAACAACAACAAGCAGGAAAGACUAUAGCGAUAAAACCACGAUGAGCAACACGACCAGCGUCUCCAACAACAGCAACAUUAUCUCGCGGUUCGUAUCAAGUGUAAAAAUGUCUGGGUCUGGAAGAAUGCAACUUGUGAUGCUGCGUCUGCAUUAUUCAAAAAUCUGUAUUGCAUGAACAGCAAAAGAGGUCUGGUUUUGGCCACGGCGAGAGGGCAUUUCUCAUGCGGUAUAGGCAUCAGAAAGCCCUCACAAGAUCUGUGAUGCUAGGGCACGCAUCGCAGACAUCAGGAGUCAUGCAAAAUGUGCAUGACAAACCUUGCAUCCUUCCAGACCCAGACAUUUUUACAUUUGAUAAGUCGUGAUCAUCUACCAGAACCCACAGAGCAUCGACACCAGCAAAAUUCGUGCCGCUUUUUAUCAAAUGCAAAAAUAUCCCCACCCCAGAGUUGUCAUGCAGAUUUGCAAUGACAAGAACAUUUGUGAUGCGCAUCCCGAUGAUGGGCAUUUCCAGUCGUGUUUUGGAACUUGUAAUGCUGUAAACGGGAUAAGCAGAUGGAUUUGCAAUGCGGCUGUCCACACUAACCUGCACUACAGUACGAACUGAAAUUUGUCAUGCGUGACCACCAAAACUUCUAGGUUUGUGUUGCAAAAUCCCCAUCUUGACUCUGUGGUGGGGACGUUUUUACUCAGGAUAC